UUUUGAUUUUCCAAACUACACCGUGAAAAUAUCAGUACUUCUCCGAUACGUAGAAGAGUGAUAUAUCAAAAGAUGGAACAAAUCAGUAAAAAGUCAGAAGAAAUGCCUCUGCAGGCAACUAAAUUGUUGAUCGAUAAUAUCAAUCCUCUGGUACGCCACAAAAGUCUACACGACUGUCUGCGAGUUUUCGGGACAAUCCGAAAUCUCGUGCUGAAAAAAAGAAAGUCGAAGCAGAGAAGUUACGCCUUCGUCACGUACAGUACCUCCGCGGAAGCAUUACGUGCUUACAAUUGUUUGCUGCUGCGUAAAACGCUGUGGCAUCCGGUCCUCGUCAUCCCUUUCCUGGGCAACGAAUCAGCGAGGAAGGAGCUCCGCAACAACGACCAUCGCAUGGAGGCGGACUGCGGCGACGAGGACACCUUCGACGCUUCGGAGUUCGCCUAUUAUCGCUUCGAAAAGAACGACGACGAUCUGAUAAACAAUCUGAACAACGAUUGUCUGGCGCGCGUCUUUUCGUUCUUACCGAUUCCCGACAGGCUCGCGAUGGCCGAGGUGUGCAGGCGCUGGGAAGUCGUGAGCCAGCAGGCCUGGCGCUCGUUCAACAGGUUCAGCCUGUCGCCGGCCAACUGGUACUCGUCGUCGGCGGAGCAUCAGGAGAAGCACAUAUUCUCGUUCGCCGGCAUGAGCAUAGUCCGCGAGACGUCGAUCGUUCGACUGCUCGGCCACUGCGGCCGGUACGUGAGCGAGCUCGAUCUGUCGUUCGGCAGCAACGUGCACAGCACGGCCAUCUUGAUCAACAUCUUCAAGCUCUGUCCCAACGUCCGAGUGCUGAAUCUGCGCCACUACAAAUACAACAAUCCGUCGUCGAUCAAGUCUCUGGCCGACAAUUGCCAGAGGAUCCAGCACCUGAUCCUCGACGACUCGUUGUUCUACAAUUGCUACCAGGAUCAAAUGUGCCGGAUCUUCAGCAAGAACGAGAUCAAGAUUUUGGAGCUGUCGGGUGACAUGAGCGAUAAAGUUCGUCGGAGGAUUCGCUGUAGGUAUCUCAGGGAGCUCGUCGUUUCGCGCGCCCAGAAUCCCAUGCUGAUGCAUCGAAUCGUCGAAUUGGCGGUGAACUUGCGCCGAUUCAAGUACGACUUCGACUCGAAAGAGACUAUUUUUUAUCGCAAGGCCGAAUCGGAGUUUCUGCAGUGCCUGUUCAGGAGCGAGUGCAGCCAACAGCUGGAGGAUUUGGAGAUCAAUUACCGAUUUUCCAACUAUAAGCUCCAGGGCCGUCUCGAGGAGUCGCCGACUUUUACGCAAUUGAGAAAGCUCAGCUUGCGAGGAGCUUUUUUCGUCGAUGAUAAAUUUCUCAUUACGAUAUGCAGGAUGAAUCCGCGAUUGGAGUCCGUCGACGUCAGCAACUGCGUGGCCUUGACGGAAGAGAGUUUGAAGAAGGUCUCGCAGCUGCCUCGACUCGCUCGUUUGGCAAUAGAAGGAUUGAACGGAGUCACGGACGACAUCUUCGAUGACAAAUGUACCACGAAUCUCCAGGUACUGAAUUGCAAAGGAUGCGUCGGAAUGCGGCCGACUGGUUUGAUGAAGUUGAUCCGGUCGUCGCUGCUGUCGUUGAAAAUUGUAGACCUCGAGGGCUGCACGGAAAUCACCGACGAUUUCGUCAACGCCGUCGUGGAUCGCGUCAAAGAGAGGAACAGAGAACCGGUUCUAACGUUGAACGUUUUGAAUACUUCGGUCACUCGCGGUGCAGAGAGUUUACCGGCUGGCUUAAAAUUCACCGAGAUUUCCGAGUGAAAUCAACGUUGUUAUAAAUUUGUAAAAUUGUUAUUUUAAUAAGAAAUUGUUAAGUUGUUUGUUACAAUGAAACUUCUU